AUGUCAUUUAAAGAAUUGUUUUUGAGUUCCAUAGAUAAAAAUCCAGAAUUAACAGAACUUCAAAAAUUUCAAUAUUUGUUUGCUAGUUUAAAGGGUACUGCACGCAAGCUUAUUUCAGGAUUUUCGCUCACAGAUGAAAAUUAUAAGCACGCUUGGCAGACUCUAGUUGCGAGAUAUGAUAAUAAACGUGAAUUAGCGUUCGCGCAAAUUUCAAAACUAUUUAAUCUAAAGAUAAUUAAGUCUAAUUCUGCGGCUUCGAUAUUUGAAAUUUUAGAUACGUGUAAUGAAGUUAUUCGAAUUCUUUCAACUUUAAAGUUAGAAGUUAAUCCUAUUGUAGAUGUAAUAUUUUUUAUUUUGGGAAAACUAGAUGAUACACUAAGACAGAGAUGGGAAUUAUCUUUAACUAAUCAAGAUAUUCCAACAUUUUUAGAAUUGGCUAAAUUUCUUGAGCAACAGGCAAAAAGUAUUUCAAAUCAAACAGAAUGCAAGCCAAGGGUUCUUCCUAAAAAGGCUUUUGUAAAUAAUGUGGUAGUAAACAAAACAGAAAAUUUAUGCAAUAUUUGUAUCGAAAAUCAUUCAAUUGUUAAUUGUCCCAUGUAUAAUAAGAUGUCUGUUGAUGGCAGGUGGAAAGUAGUUAAAUCUAAAAAGCUGUGUAUAAAUUGUUUACGAAAAUUUCAUAUGGCAAAUAAAUGCCGUUUUACUAACACCUGUAAAGCAUGUCAUAGAAAACAUCAUACUUUAUUGCAUAGAUUUUAUUCUAAAUCUGAAGAACCUAAUGUAAGCAAUACAGUUUGCUAUUCUAAUUCAAAUUUAGAUAAUGCCAAUUCUGAAAAUGUUCCUACAGUGAGGGAAAACAUUCAACUUAGCACAACUUGUCUAAAUUCUAAUAGUGUGGAUGGUAAUACUCUUUUGACAAUCGCUUUGAUAAAGGUAAAAAAUGUAGAGGGUAAUUUAAUUACAUGCAGAGCAUUGAUUAAUAAUGGCUCUCAGAAAUGCCUCAUAAGUAAAAGGUGUGCAGCUUUAUUGCAAUUAACAGAGACUGUCUCAAAUAAAACAAUAUCUGCUAUAAAUAAUACAAUGAUUGAGACAAAUCUUAAUAAAGUUAUUUUAGAGUUCAAACCUCAUUUUAAUGAAAACAGAGAAUUUAAUUGCACUGCACUAGUUGUAAAUAAAAUCACAAGUGAUUUGCCAAAUUUUAAAUUUGACUCUAGUUAUUGGCCACACCUUCAAGGACUUAAACUUGCCGAUCCUACAUUUUUUAUUGUAAGCCCAAUUGACAUUUUACUAGGUGCAGAUAUGUAUGCCGAAAUGUUAUUAGGUCAACUUAUUUCUGGAAAAAAGGGUACACCAGUUGCCAUAAAUUCUCAUUUGGGUUGGUUAGUGUCCGGAAGAAUUUUUUCUGACGCUAAACACGAAAAGGAUGUUGUGAACUGCCACCUAGUUGCUACUUUAGAAAGUUAA